UUUGCGCGUUUUAAAAAACUUAUUUUCCCCCAGCUUGCUUCAGUUCGGUGGACUUUGAACGCAACAUCCAGCUGCAGGAAGUGUAUUGCAAACUCACAGGUCAGAGUCUGUGUGUUUAAUAGUAAAUUACCCAAAAGUUGAAAGUGAAACUACAGUGCCGCUUCUGUGGAGAUGGACGUGGAGAAAUACUUGUCUCGCAUCGGGUUGACGGCCCCCUCAGAGCCCAGCCUGGAGCUUCUGCGGUCGGUUCACACCCGUCACCUGCUCUCGGUGCCGUUUGAAGACCUCACGGUUCACAGCGGCGGACGAGUCCGGCUCGACCUCCACCUUCUGUACGACAAGAUCGUGAACCAGCGCCGAGGUGGCUUCUGCUUUGAGAACAACUCCCUUUUCUCCUGGCUGCUCGCCAAGCUCGGCUUCCAGGUGACGGUGCUCUCCGGCCAGGUGAAGAACUCGAUCACGGGUCGCUACGGGCCGCCUUUCGACCAUCUCAUCAACAUGGUGACUCUGGACGGCCGGAAGUGGCUGUGCGACGUCGGGUUCGGGGUCCCGGGUUUCACGGUACCGCUGUCACUGGACACUGGCGGCCCCCAGGAGCAGGGCCACCGUGUGUACCGGAUCAGAGAGACGGAGGGGAUGUGCUUCCUGGAGUGGCAAAGGGAGGAGAACAGAGGUGCGGAUGGAGACUGGGCAGAGAUCUACAAGUUCACCCUUGAGCCUCGCUGUCUGGAGGACUUCACUGAGAUGUGCAAUUAUCACCAGAGCUCUCCUUCUUCCAUCUUCUUCUGCAAGUCCCUCUGCACCAUUUUAAAACCAGAUGGAAGGCUCACUUACAUUGGCCGCAAGCUCAUCACCACCACAUUUCCAACGGAAGCAACAGGAGGUGUAGUGGAAACCUCAACCAGGGAGCUCGAAGAAGAGGAGAUCCCUGGUAUUCUAGCAGAGGAAUUUGGAAUUGUACUCCAAUCUCCUCUAAUACCAAAGGAUGAGGCAAUCACACCGCCCCCGAUUGUAUACUGAUCAUGCUUCCAUGUGGGAUAUCUGUAUAGCACAACUUUAUGAACAGCCUUUGAUUCAAUCAUGUCAUAAAAAAGGACUUCAAAUGAAUUCUCAUCACUCAGGUCUAAAUGAAACCAUGAUGACGUGUAAACAGUUGUGGAUCAUCUACCAGAUUGUCUUAAGAACACAUGCAACAAAAAACAUAAACUGUCAUUUUGAUUUAAUAAAUUAUACAUACACUUUUAA